AUGGCAAUUGGUGCGCGGAAGCCCGUCGACCGUAGAGCGCUUGAGGACACCACGGUGGUGAGCAACAAACAAGGGCCAUGGUGGAAGGACACUGGUCUACGAAAGCUGAACUUGAUGCUGUUCUUCCUCAUGUUCAGCGAGUUCACUCAAGGAUACGAUGCUUCUUUGAUCAAUAACGUGCAAGAGCUGAAUGUUUGGCAGGAGGGCAUGUCAAAUUUUAAUCACCCUCAUGGCAGCCUACUAGGAGCCAUGAGUGCGAUGUACUGGAUAGGAAAUAUCGUCGGCGUCGUCUUUAUCUCCUUCAUCUCCGACAGGCUCGGACGAAGAUACUGCCUCUUCUUUGGUGCGAUCCUGUGCCUUGCCGGUACUGGCAUGGCUACUGGCGCCUCCAGUGCUGGUCUGUUCAUCGCAGCUCGCUUGCUUCUAGGCAUGGGGGGUGUAGUAGUGGCUGCGAUCGGGCCAGUGUGGAUGGGUGAGUUAGCCUACCCAGCCCAUCGAGCGACAGCAACGUCCAUGUCGAACACUACAUACAGCGCUGGUUCAAUUAUCGCAGCGUGGAUUACAUUUGGAUCAUUCCGACUUGCAAGUGCAUGGGCAUGGCGUAUCCCCACCGUCUUCCAAGCACUCCCUUCAAUAAUCCAGGUGAUCGGAGCUUUCAUUCUUCCAGAAUCCCCCCGCUGGCUCAUCAGCCGCGGCCGCGAACAAGCUGCCCUCGCCAUCCUAGCCAAAUACCACGGCAACGGCGACGCUCAAGACAUCGUAGUGCAACAGGAAUAUCAAGAAAUGAAAGAAACCAUUGAGCUCGAGAUCGCGGCCAAGAAGACCUCCUGGAAAGAACUGAUCAACUCCCGCGGGAACAGAUGGCGUUCAUUCAUCCUCAUAUGGUGUGGAAUCUGCAAACAAUGGUCCGGCAACGGCCUAAUAAGCUACUACCUCAGCAGCAUGCUCAAAUCCGCUGGGAUAACCCGCGAAGUCGACACGACUCUAAUCACAGCAACAAGCCAAAUGUUCAGUUUCGCCUGCGCGCUGGCCUUCGCCUUCCUCCCAGGCCGAGUUGGCCGUAGGCCCCUCCUACUCUGGUCCAUGGGUCUCAUCUGGCUUGUCUUUGCACUCAUAACAGCCUGUACGGGCGUAUUUGUCGAAACGGGUAGUCAGUCUGCAUCGUAUGCCACUGUCGCCUUUAUCUAUAUAUACAAUGGAGUACAUAAUCUUGGUUGGACGGGCGCGAUGAUGCUAUACGUCGUCGAAAUCCUCCCCUACUCUAUCCGCGCCAAAGGCAUUGCCCUUUUCUGGCUCGUCACUGGCGCCACGGGGGCAUUCAACACAUAUGUAAAUCCGCUGGGUAUCGAUGCGUUCGCGUGGAAGUACUAUUUCUUCUAUGUGGGGUGGAUUAUCGUUGAGUUUGUGGUGGUGUAUUUCUUCUUUAUUGAGACUAAAGGACCGAGUCUGGAGCAGAUUGCGCUGCUGUUCGAUGGCAAGGAUGCGGUGGUUAGUCAUGCUAAUCCGGUGGCGGAGGAGUUCUUGGAUGAGAAGGAGAAAGAGGGAGCGGAGGCGAAGGAGAUUGAAGUGGCUCGGUAGAAUAUUGAUUAGGCCAUUGGAUGUAGUGCUCAAGAAAGAUGUGACUGGUUUAUAUUUACGGUGUUGAUAGGAGAAGUGUGUGAAAUGGGUAAUUUUGAGACUCGUUAUUCCUGAUACUCGCUAUUAAAUCUAUUCUGAACAACAAAUGACAAGCAACAGAAUGGAAUCAUCACCAUCGGCACAUAAUACUCAGCAGUGAGAUCGUACACUGCCCAUUCCCGUAUGGGCAGGACAUGAGAUGGGAAAAGUAACAGAGGGAGAAAAGAGCAAAU